GUGUGCCAUAAUGGACGAAACCAUGAGAGGGAACCGGAUGGGUUCUAUGCUUCUGAGUGCAGUGAUGAUUUUUAGCCUUGCCUGUUUUAAUGAGUUGUCAGCCUCUUCGGAGCUGAGCCGUCCGUGCAACUCUUCAUGUAUUUUGGUUGCUGCUAUGGACCGCAUAAUGGCUUUGGAUUAUGAUAAUAACUGGAGUUUUUCAGUCAUUUCUAAUUUAUCACUCGCUUUAGCUGUGGAUUAUCACUACAAUCUGGGUUACAUAUUUUGGUGCGAUAGAAACGCACAAAACAUCAAGCGCUCAAAUAUGGACGGCACCAACAUUACUGUUAUCCACAAAAAUGUAAAGGACCCUUACUGGCUUGCAGUGGAGUGGAACUCAUUGCAGUUGUAUUGGACAGCUGGAGGAUAUACACAUCGGAACAUAUUAGUGUCUGAUUUCGAGGGAAAUAAUAAACGUGUCUUCAAUUGCUCUCAAUUACAUUUCCCAAUAGGAAUCGCGCUCGACCCACACGAGGGAGUGAUGUUUUGGACUGACUCGGGACAUAACAGUUUACCAAAAGUCGUGAAAUCAAAUUUGGACGGAACACAGUGUGUCGCUCUAGUAGCUUCCAGUCUUACUGAUCCAUGGGGCAUCACUCUUGACAGACGAAACAAAGUUGUUUUCUGGGUGGACUUCAGCACGGGUGAUAUAGAAUGCGUUGAUUAUGGUGGAAACAACAGAAGAUUACUCGUUACAUUUCCUCCCGCUUCAUACCUUUGGGGUGUUACCUUCACCUCAUCAUAUUUAUUCGUUACUAGUCUCAGAAAUUGUCACAAAGUAGAUGCCUCCAAUGGAUCAGUUGUCAGGAAGUUUUCGAUCAAACCCGCCGUAAGAAGUUAUGGACUCAUUGCAUUUGACAGCUCCUUGCAGGCAUCAGGUUUGAGAUACAACUCUACAAUCAAAGAUAUAGGGAAAAGUAAAAGAUGGGUAAAGGUGCAAUAUUAAACUGAUCGCAGUCGGACGUUGAAGGUUUUUUUUGUUUGU